AUGUCAUUGAAUAUUUUUUUUAAAAUAGAAUUAAAUAACUCCAUUUCGUGUUUACAAAAAAACUGUAACUAUAAGUUUCGCGAUCCAAAAAACAAGCAUACAGGAAUUAUUGAUCAUUACAGAAAAUGUCACAAAGAAAUUUAUGAAGAAGCGAAAAAUAUAUUAAAACCAUACUCAAAAACAAUUCAGCAAAAUCAUUUUAGUUCAAGAUUUAUAACUCAACAACCAGCUUCACAACAAGAAAAUCAAACUAAAAAUACUACACAGACAAGAGAAUAUAAUAAUAUUGUU